CUGACGGAGAAUGGCCUCAUCUGGACCUGGAGGACGGUUCUACCCGUCGUCCAAGUAUCACCAUGCCUAUGUGGCUCUACUGGAGUCUGUGGGAGGGAGCGAGAGCAAGUCGCUCUCGCCGUCUGCGCCGGUGGCAGAGCUGGAAAAGGCAGCUACGGCCAUGGCAGAGGUCGGCAAGUUGCUGGAUGAUGUUUCUUCGCUCUCGCGGAGUGACAUGCGUGCGCUGUGGAAGGAGGCUGCCGCAGCAGAGUCGAUUCCGGCUCGGCGCUUUGUCCUCGCUCUUCGCCUCAUUGCCCUCGCUCAAGCUGGCGAUGAGGCCUCUCUCCAUCGGCUCGACGACAUAGAGCGCUCUCGCCGCGGCGACGGCCCGGACGAUCCUUUCUUUUCUGACGAGGAGUCCGAUCCCGAGCUCGGUCGCCAUUCGGCCGCCUACCAGGCGCUGUUUGAUGACAUGGCCGGCACGGAUGGGACCGUCUCGAACCGUGCGCUGGGCAAGUACUUUCUUGACGUCGCCAACGUCUCCAAGGCCCGACUCAAGAAGCUGUGGGCGGCGUCAGACACCAAGGGUGAUGGCAUCAACGACCGCUCGCGGUUCUUCACUCUCCUGCGGCUCAUCGCACUCGAGCAGCGCUCGCCGCCAGCCUCGCUCUCAACGCUCCGCAAGCACUCGCGCCCGGGCGACAUUCCGCUGCCACGGCUCAACGGCGAGGAGCGGUCGCGGUCACGGUCACGGUCACGAUCGCGGUCGCGGUCACGGUCGCGGUCGGCGCGGCGGGAUCGCGGUCGGUCGCGGUCACGGUCGCGGUCCCGAUCGCGGUCACGGUCGCGGUCGCGGUCUCAUUCCCGGACUCGGCUUGAUGACGUCAUUUCGCGGUCGCGCGAGCGUGCAACGCGGCGCACGGAGCUUAUUUUCUCGGUCGACUACGAGGACGAGUACGAUGACCUGUUCGAGUCGGUGACGUCGCGCGGGCGGGUUGAUGCCGACCUCUUCACGGAUCUGCUCAAAUCGACUGGGAUCACACGCGGGACGCUGGCGCAGGUCUGGCGCGAGGCCGGGUGCUCUCGGCUCAACCGGCGGUCCGUGGUCAACGCGCUCAAGCUCUGCUCGCUCUCGCAGCAGGGCCGCGAGCCGGAUAUGGACGAGCUUGACCGCGUGGGCGCGGAGAAGGUGCCACCGCCCGAGUUUGACGGCGGGGCGUCGUCAUCGGCGAUGGCGGCGUCGCGCGAGGGUGCGAGGGCGCGAGUGUACGGACACAACCUGCCGGAUGAGUCGACGUACAAGGCGGUGUUUGCGCCGGACGACGUCAAGGUCGAGGUCCAGCAGCUGCAGGCUGGAAAGCUCAAGAAGCACACGGUGUACUCGCUGACGGUCAAGUCCAAGGCGCACACGCAGCUGCUCACCAUCUUCCCGUACCGGAUUGUGCCGAUGCUGCCCAAGAAGAAGGCAAUGGGCAAGUUCGAGGAGGAGUUUGUGGCCGAGCGGUGCCGGCGGCUGGAAGUGUUUAUGGAGCUCGUGCUCCGGCGGCCCAUUUUCCAGCAGGGCGAGGGUGCUCCGCUGAUGCGGCUCUUCCUCUGCGAGCUCGACACCAAGCGGUUUGAGAAGCAGCGCAAGCUGUUCAAGGUCAUGGACACCGAGAAGGACUUCCAUCCCUGCCGGCAGACCGGCUCGUCGUUUGUGGCCGACGACGCGGACACGGCGCUCUCGGCUGCCGAGUCCGAGGUGGCCAUCCUCGCCUCCAAUGUCGAGGCCCAGCUCAACGCGCUCACUGACAUUGUCGACCACCGCAACGGGCUGGCCGCCGGCUUUGCCGCCCUCGGCGGCGCGCUCUCGUCGCGAGCAACGCAGCGGACCGACUUUGACUCGAUCCCUUUCAACUCGUCGCUCUCCACCACCGCCGGCAUGCUCGGCGAGCUCACUACCGCGCUCACUGACCACGCCCAGGACGAGCUUACCCGCGUCCUCGACGCCGUGUGGAAGCACUACCAGCUUUGCAUCGGCCUGCUCAAGGCCUUUGAGGCUGCGCGCGCCCCGAUGAAGGACAAAGCCAACGUCAACGCUCGCCUCGAGACCAACAAGGCCAAGCUCGCCUCCAUGGAGGCCCGCGGCAAGACUGGCCCGCAAAAGCUCCGCAGCGCCAUCACCAACGACUCGAUGGCCGUCAUCGACCUUGGCGUCGCCGUCGAGUUCGCCCGCUACUCGCUCGCCCAGGAGAUGUACUACUUCCACGACAUGCACGAGAUCUGGGGCGGCGAAGUCGCUACCGCCUUUGACGACGUCGAGCGCAAGUGGUCCGGCGCUCAAGCCGACAUUUGGCGCGAGUCGUCGUCGUAG